CACUGGUCAGUAGUUCAGUACUGUGAUGAUGUUGAAUGUGUUUUUAAAUCAGUACAUUUUUAUCUUUUACCUGUAAAUUUCUUAAAAAAGCAUUUGUUCUUUCCAAGAACCACAAUAGUGUUAGUUUUUAUUGACUUAUUUAUCGUCGUCGAAUCAGAUAUCAAAUAAUGGAUACUCUGAAAUUUUAUUUCGUGACCUGGAAUGUCGCAACUAAAUCUCCAGGUCAAGACCUUAACUCACUACUGGAUUUUCCAUCUCAGUUUAAUAAAAACAAAUCUUUACCAGAUUUUUAUGUUAUUGGAUUACAAGAAGUAAAAUCUCAACCACAGAACAUGCUAAUGGACAGUCUGUUCACUGACCAAUGGACAUCAAUGUUCAAUAAAAUCCUGUGUAGGCAGGGAUUUAUAGUCGCUAAAAACAUAAGAUUACAAGGCAUCAUGCUGCUCGUGUACACUCAAAUGAAACAUGUGAUCAACCUCAGAGAUAUAGAAGCACAAUACACUAAAACAGGACUGGGUGGUUUAUGGGGUAACAAAGGAGCCGUGAGCGUCAGGUUCAAUAUUUACGGAUGUUCGGUGUGCCUUGUGAAUUGUCACUUGACCGCCCACGAACAUUUGCUCGCAGACCGCAUUAACGAUUACAACACCAUCAUCAAGGAACACGGCUAUCAUCUCACCGAGACUUCAAAUAUUCUAUAUCACGACUACGUGUUUUGGAUCGGUGACUUGAAUUUCCGUACACACCAUCCAGUGACCAGCAGUCUAUCACCAGAAGAAAUCGUAGAUGCAUUACAGACGGUGGAAAAAGACAAGUAUACUUCGAUUUUGAAGUACGACCAGUUGCUAGCAGUGAUAGACAGCGGGGAAGCAUUCUCGGAAUUUAUGGAACCCGAGAUAAGGUUUCCGCCUACCUACAAAUUUCACAUGGGCACUGAUGAUUAUGACCUAAAACGCAAACCAUCAUGGACGGAUAGAAUAUUAUACAAAGUGAUCGCUAACAAUUACGAGAACAUCACGCUAAGAGCUGACCUGAUAUCUUACCACCACAUACCUCACUACACGGUCAGUGACCACAAGCCGGUGGUCGCGCAGUUUAACAUUAAGAUACGCACCUCUUACUAUGUAGCUGUGCCGAAGGUCAAGAAAGCACAGAUCCGCAUGCGAUCAGCUGUAAUAGACACUGAAGGUAUUGCUUCAGCUUCCGCGAUGGUUGAACCAAUAGCUGCCGCUUGUGCUACAGAAGAAAAUGUUGUAUCAGAUUCAAAUGAAUCUGAAGCUGAGGCGUUUUCCAACUUCACAGUAAAGACGGUGGAGUUCGCUCCAAUCGUUCGUAUCUGGUACAUCGGUGAUGCAGAUUUUAGGACAGAAUGCACGCUGUCCCCCGACGUUGAGAUCAAUCCCAAUGAUUGGAUUGGGAUAUAUGAUGCUAACUUCCACAAUCUCGACGACUACAUAGCGUACGAAUACCUGGCUAAAGUGAACCUCACGCAAGAAUCGUUGGAAUCCGGUCAGCCUCGGACGAUAACGCUCAGUUUUCCCGUUGGGAGCGGAGUGAGGACGCCUGGCUUCUAUAGGUUUAUAUACUUCAGCCAACCGAACAACGACGUUAGGAGUGUUCUGGGUAUUUCUGAACCAUUCGAGGUAAGCAGCAAAGAGGACAGCUUAGUGGCGAUCGAUCCGUGCGUCGAGGCUUCGACUAGUGCGGGCGGGGCGUCCAAACCGUCCACCGCCACGACUGAUAUAUUCACGGAUUUCACGGGACUCGAUGUCGCGAAGCUGUCCCGUCACUUCUCAAACGAUCUUAGUUUCGACUGACUAAAAGGUUACUUGCCUGGUUCGCCGGCAACGAGACGAAGAGAUGCCCCUUAAUUUUAUAUAUUAUCUUGUCAUCUCUUCGUUAUAUGUCACGUCACGACAUGCACAGUCCUAAAUGUUGUAAAGCUAUUUGCCCUAUAAAAGAAAAUUCGCUUAUUUUCAGUUAAAUAUAGAUUAUGAUAUAAAGUGCAUAUCAUGAAUAAUUAAAUGGCAAAUGUACUUUCAAUUUUUAAGACGUUGAUAAUUAUCAAAAAUAGAUGAAAUAAAAGUAAUGAAAUUAAUUUUGGUGAUUAAAAUAUCACUAAAGUUUAAGGCGAGUGUACUUCAAUUGCAGAUUUUCGCCUAUAAAUUAUUAUGGUAUAUUUACUUAGUGAUGUAUCAUAAUUUCUUCAUAACGUAAAUUUCACUUAGAGAAAAUAUAUUGUAAUAGUCACAAGUAGUCACAAAAUAAAAUUAAAACGUUAUUUUAGUUUUAUAAUACAUAUUUAAUUAAUCAUUACAAUUAAAAUAGUUUUGAGAACAUUUAAGCCGUACAAUUUUUGGAAUGACAUAUAUUUAAAGAGCUUUGUGAAAUGUAUUCAUAAUAACGUCGCAAACCGACUGACAAAGACUUUAAAAUUACAAGGUCAAAUUGUUCAUGACACUUUUUGAUGUAAUUUACCAUUCCAAAACCAAUAUUUGUAUGUUAUUUAAAAUGAACCUUAUGCCCUUAGUAUACGGCAUAUUUUUAAUAUGAACUUGGCUAGGUGUAUUCAAGAUAUAUAGAGCUUCAUUGUUCGAGCAACACCCCAUGGCUUUAGACAAUAAAUAUUGUAUCGCUUGUUGUAAUAUAGUUAAUAAUAAAGUAUAUUUUGUGAUUCCAUUAGUACAAUUUGUAUAACAAUGUAAACUAGAUAUAGAUUUGUAGAUAAUAUAUUAUAGAUAAUUGUUGUGUAAAAAUUAUGCCAUUAUAUCUCGUUCAAUGAUAUGUAGUUAUCUUAAGGGUAAUUAAAUGAAUUCCACAUGCAUCACAUACUUAUAGUACUUCGGAAUAAAUAUUGUGCAUCGGUUAACAUCGUAUUUACGAAGGCGAACGAUCACAUCGAGGUGGUAUAUAAUAUAGAGCUGUUCGUACAUAACGAUUAAUUUCGCAUUUGGUUUACAAACUAUACACGAUGAGGGGUUAAAGCUGCUCUGUAUGAUUCCAUCAUACCAAAAUCCUAGUCGUAAUUGAUUUAUUUAAUAGCUGCUUGCUGUUCGUAGAAACGUACGAACACUCAUAAUUUUGUAAUAAAGUUUCAAUAGCAAAUGUACUUUUGGACCAAAUUACUUUUUCGAAUCGUUUUUGUAAAGAACAAUACGAUUGUUGACGAUGGUUGUUGAUGCUCAAUUGUUUUUCUGAAGUAUAAAUGUUAUAGUAGACGAAUAAGUCAAAGUUAAAAUAAUAUCAGUCUGUGUUAUGACUGCCUUGAUGUAUUGCAAGCGUGUUUCAAGUGUGUCAAGCCGGAGAAGUUAUUGGGUUUUUCUGUCUAGGAAUACUCAGUAGCAACCUGAUUUGUAUAGUGAAUCUAUAUAGUCUAUUCAAACCGAUAAUAUUCAUUUUGAACAGUUUAUCAGAUUAUUAAAACUAGUAUAAGCUCAUAGAUUGUUUCAUGAUUUGAGAACUUAAACAUAUCUAGAAGUCGUAACUCGGAAUCUUUGAAUAACGCUUCACUUCACAAGGUCUCAUUGGCUUAGGUUUUUUGCCUACUUUGUAUUUCAUUUAAAUAUUUAGAACGAUAUGUCGUAUAAGAACGGUUUUCUACAACGAACAUAACAAAAAUAAUAUAUAUCAAGUGAUAAUCAUGAUUGCGCUUUUCUAUGGAAAAUAAAAAAAAUAUUGUGGUUUUUUUGGAUCAAUCAUGUUGGAGUUGCUAUCAUUUAGAUUUAAAGUAAAAGAAGCUAAAUGUUACUUUUCCUGAUUGAUAUUGAGUUGCUAUUAUUUCGAUUUAAAGUCAAAGACGCUAAAUGUUUCUUUUCACACAGCUUAUUCAGAGAUUAUUUGUUUAGAAUCUAAACUGUAGAUGUUUAAUACAAUCUAGAGAAUUUAUUCCAUCGUGUAUAUUGUAAUUAAUAAAAAAUUAUUUAAAUAUUUCGAAACGAUAUGUUGGUCGAAAUAGUGUUAUUUCAUAUCACCUACAACAUAUUCGUCUAAUUAUAAUAGAGUUUCGAGCGAAUGGAUCAGUCCUAAUUAUUGUAGUAAUUUAUCUGAUUGCAUGAUUUGAUUGGGGCGUCGAGGCGCUAGUAACUGACGUAACAACGUAGUAAAUUAUUCUAAUAGGUACCGUUAUCAAACUAAUUUUGACUGAAUCGAAUGUAUUAAAUAUUAGUGAAAUUCCUUAACUCAAUGAUGAUUAAAAUUUUAUAUAAUUUUCAUAAAAGAAAUCAAAGUAUUAUUAUUAGGUAACGAAAAUUAUUAUUAUAUUGUUUAUUAUACUGUAAAUAAUAAUAAAUGCGGGAAUAUUUACUGUUAUUAUGGAUAGCCAAAUAUAAAUACAAAUAUUAAAAGUAUUGCAAAACGUUCAUUGAGUUACAUACAGCUAUUUAAGUUGAAACGCACCCUCAUUAUUUAUGUAUUGUACUUCGACGGUAAUCUAAUCAGAUAACUGUUCACUGAUUUUUCGUAUCAUUUCCGUUUUUUUUUUACGAUGUGACAUUAUUGUCAAAUGCAUUGUUACUUGUAAAUUGAUAUAGCUAUUUAAAUAAAAAUAAAACACAAUUUGCCUUGGUCACGUCAAAACUAGAAUGACUUACGGCUCCAUUAAUUUUUUUUUUUAAUUUUUAAUAUUUCGUAGGAGGUUCUUACGGAAAGAAAUAUUUAAAACAUGCGUAGAUAAUUUUCGGAAAGCUUACAAGCAUUUGUGCCGUAUUCCGUACACGGGUUUUCUCAUCAGCGACUUUAAGAAUUUAUGAAUAUUUACAUUGUUUGUCUAUUCAAAUCUAUUUAUCCAUCUAUUAUAUUUCUAUAUAAUCUAUCGUCUAUUAGUCAAAUAUAUUUAGUAAAAUGUAGCUAAAAAAGUAUUGAAAUUAAUAAUAUUGCUCACCGUUGCGUAAAUAAUGCUUCUUUCGAAUUUCGAAUUACUGAUGACGAAUUACUAAAGAGAAGUUUUUGGAUAACUAUUAACCUUCUUAAACGUUUUAGCAAUCAAUGUCAAAUAAUUAAUCGCAAAUCGAAGAUCGAAAAUAUUUGUGUUUAAUGUGAGACUUAAAUCAAUACCUGACUUGCGACGUCUUUCAAAUGUUACAAUUAUGAUGAUCGAAAUAUCUUAUGACUUCUCGUAAUGACCUAGUUUAUUUAUUCUCACCGAGAUCAAGAGUAGUUGUCAGUGUAGGCGACUUUGACGUUCAUCUUUGAUCAUCGAUUGUCAAUUCGAUGAAAGGUUAUUAGUUCGAUAGUCAAAAGUAAAUUUUGAAUCAUAUCAUAAGCCUUCCAGAAACCGUUAAAGUAGCUAAUAUACUUUAUGUUUCGUAAACGUAGUUACGAUUUUAUUAAGUUUGUUAAAAAUAAAAUUCACUUGUUUUGAUGUAUAAUAUUUAUUUUGGUUAACACGUGUAUUUAUAAUAUACGUGUAAGUAGAUAAACAAAAAAUAUGUUUGAAAUACAUUUAAAAUGGACAAACAGAUAGUAAGUAAACUAACUUCGUAAGGGUAAUGUGGUUUUAGUUUAUAUUUCUUCAAACAAUAAUAUAUUAUUGUAAUACUAGACUGUCAUGUCAGCCUUAGUGUAUUCUCUUUAGUAAU